AUGGCCCAAAGAGAGGAUGAAGCUAUUGUAAUAGACUCUGGUUCAGAAUCUGAUAGCGGAGUUCAAGUGCUCAAUAGUUUGCGGCUGGUGGAAGAAGUGGCAAGUGAAAGUGAUGGUGAGCAGCAUGAUGAUGGGGUUGAGAUCUUGAGGGUGGUAGAAGCCCCUCCGAAUCUAGGACUACACAGACCUCCCAUUAAUGGUAGAAACGUAAAUACUGAUGAGCAGCGCCGUCAGCGAAGGAGAAACCGAAAUAUUAUCCAUAGAGGCCCCACGAAUGAUAACGAAAGUGAUGAUGAGGUCCAAGUGUUGGGGCAGCAGCGAGCAACGGUACAGUUUCAAGACACCCCAAUAUACUUCCCCGGAGGAAUAUACUUUGACCAUGAUACUGGAGAUCGUGGUAGAGAUGAGGAAUUUGUACCCGAGGAAGAGCUGUUAACAACUAGGAGGUUUAGAGAUUACCAGACCGGACGCAUACAGCGAAGAAUGAACACAAGACAUCGUAGACCGAACCAGGAACCGAGAAGCGGUUUCCAGAACUUUAUGCAUAGCGCACUAAAUGGACUAUUUAGAAUGGGGUUCAACAUUCCUGAGCCUAGGUUUGGAGAUCAAAAUUCAAGGGAUGAUAUUAGUGAAGAUAUUUGGCAUCAAGUUGACAUGAUGGAGAGCCGAGAAUUGCAACAGAAAUUUGACACACAAAAGGAACAUGCAUCGAAUUACAUCAAAAGGGCUGAGGAUAGCGUGAAGGUCCUACCAAAAGGAUAUACCAGUACGAUCGACAAAAAUAGCGAGUUGCUCUGUCCGUUAUGUGGGGUGAUAUUGGGAGCGGGAAUUUGUGAUGGUUAUUCGACAUUGAUUCAGUUAGAAAAGCAAAAGAAACAAAACAAUUCAGGACAUGUGCUCGUGGACUAUGACAAUGAGAAGAUGUACCAUAAAUCGAUCCAAGAGUUUGGCUGUCAAGCACCGUACCAGCUCCUACCUUUCAUCACAGAGACAGAUAUCAAAUUAAGUCGGAAAAUAUACUAUGCCAAGUGUGGCCACGUUUUUUGUGGCCGUUGUGUACAAAGAGUAGCAUCUAGACCUAUGAGAGAGUCAAGGAAAAAUGCCAAAGCUCCUAAAAACAUCCACAAUCCAACGGUAUACGCUCCCAGCAAAUGCGUUGCUGACAACUGCAAGGCCAAGCUUGUUGGCGGCCGUUUUGUUGAAAUCUAUACCAAUCUUUGA